UUGAAGUGAGUGUUUGGCGCCAAAGAGAAUAAAGGUAUUUUGCUUUUCAGUUAAAAUCCUACCGUGCUAAAAGCGUAAUUAUGGUGAACAUUCGCUGUUAUGUCAGUUAAUUAUUUGAGCAAAGAAGGUCCUGUGAACUUUUCCCUCCAGUAGUUCUUCUGCAAUCAGUGGAUGAAAGAGCAGAAAUACCUAGAUGUUUAGUGUUUUCUAAAAGGGUCUAUGUCCGAGUCAUUAACCACGAUUAAGGAUGUCAAAAGUGGAUAGAGAUCCGUUCUUCGUGAAAUUUGUGCAAAAUUUAAAACAGAGGUCAGAUCUUGCAACAAAGGCCUAUGAUGCUAUUAAAGAGUUACAGUCAGAGGAGUUCCUGCAGACUGUUGAUGAAGAAGCAGCACUUUUGUUACAGCAAAAAGAUAAAUCUCUCUACAUUUUCGAUUCUUUUAGUGGACCAGCAUUUAUCCACCUUAAAAAGCUGGGCUGCAGGAUUGUCAGCCCACUGGUGGUUCUUUUCUGCCUCCAGCAUCAGCGGCCUGUGCCAAAAGCCGAACACCCUGUGUACAACAUGUCAAUGGCAGACGUGACAGUUUCCUGUACCAGUUUGGAGAAGGAAACAAGGGAAGAAGUGAGUAAGUUGGUGCAGUUAAUGGGAGGUCGUGUGUUCCGGGAUCUUAAUGUUUCAGUUACUCAUUUGAUUGCUGGAGAGGUUGGCAGCAAAAAGUAUGUGGUGGCCGCCAAUCUGGGGAAGCCCAUCCUACUGCCCUCCUGGGUGAAAGCAUGCUGGGAGAAAUCCCAGGACAGUUUGUUUAGGUACACAGACCUGAACAGUGAUGAGUACUUGUGCCCUAUAUUUCGUGGCUGCACAAUCUGUGUAACAGGAUUGACCAACUUGAGUAGAAAGGAGGUUCAAAGGCUUGCGGUGGAACAUGGCGGCCAGUAUACAGGGCAACUGAAGAUGAACGAAUGCACACACCUCAUUGUGCAGGAGCCCAAAGGUCAGAAAUAUGAAUGUGCAAGAAAAUGGAAUGUAUAUUGCGUGUCCAUACACUGGCUCUUCAGCAGCAUUGAGAAGAGAUUCUGCCAGGACGAGUCCAAGUACAUGGUGGAGCCCACCAUGGGCAGAGAGCAAGCCCCUAAUACAUCCACACCUACAGGUUGUGAGAAGAAGCAAGAUGUUUCUUCAGCUUCAUUACUUUUAGGCGUGAGCCAAAUUUCCAACAUUAGUAUGAGCUGCAUCAAUGAAUCUGCCUUUAACACUAUUACUGCCAGUCGGCUGGAACCAGCUGGAGAUAACUUGGAAAUGCUUGAUAUAAGUGUUUUCAAUGCACAAGAUGACCUGCUUGAUGGCUGCAAAAUCUACCUGUGUGGGUUUGGUGGUAAGAAGCUAGAUAAGUUAAGAAAGCUUAUCAACAGCGGUGGGGGUCUACGCUUCAGCCACCUCAGUGAGGAUGUCACCCACAUAAUCAUGGGAGAGAAGGAUGAAGAAGUAAAACAGUUCUUAAGCAAGGCAUCCCACAGACCCCACAUAGUAACAGUAAAGUGGUUGCUGGAGAGCUUCUCCAAAGGCUGCCUCCUUCCAGAGGAAAAAUACUUCCACUCAGACUACCUGCCCCCAGCACCCUCUGCUGUGGUCCACCGGCCUGCCCCACAGAGGCUAAACACCAGUGUUGAGAUAAAAGCAGCUGUAGCAAUCAGCCCUGGCAGGGAACAGAGAAAAGAUGACGAAUUGCUGUCUCAGUACAUGGAAGAGGACAAAACAGUUGUUGAAGCUGGGGACAGAAGCUGUGAUGAUGCCACUCGUGUUACCAUGUUGGAGACAGACCCUUCAAGCAACACCAUGCUGGGGGAGGCUGCCACGUUGCUGGAGGAGGGGGGUCUGUUCAGCGGGAAGCGGUUCCUGAUAGCUGGCUUCAGCGGAGAGGACGAGGCCUGCCUGGCAGAGUUGAUCGAGGAGCAUGCUGGGAAAGUGCUUGGGGCCUGCAGCCGAGCCAUUGCUGACUACGCAGUGGUGCCACUGCUGGGCUGUGAGGUGGAGUCCACAGUGGGAGAUGUGGUGACCAACACCUGGUUGGCAAUGUGUAUUGAACAGCAGAGUCUCUUAGACCUGCAGAUGAAUCCCAUGUUCACUCCAGUUGCUGUGGUGGAAGGAAGCACUCCGCUGAAGGACUGUGUUCUUUCUGUUAGCCAGUUUACUGGUGUGGAGAGGGACUCACUAGUCUACCUAGCUGAGCUUCUUGGAGCCAGAGUACAGGAAUUCUUUGUUCGGAAAGCCAACCAGCGGAAAGGCAUGGUGGCUAGCACCCAUCUGGUGCUGAAGGAGCCAGAGGGGUCCAAGUAUGAAGCAGCCAAGAAGUGGAACUUGCCUGCGGUCACCAUGCGAUGGGUCCUGGAUUCUGCACACACCGGCAGGAGAGCUGAGGAAGACCACUUCCUAGUGGAAAAUGCUGGCUCACCAGAAAAUGAAGAGAGUUGUUACAUAGGUGGGACUCAAAAACAAGAAAAACUCAGAAUGUCCAUGCGCUCCCCUGAGAUUCCCAUGGCUCAGCUGAAUGCAUUGAAGAACACUGUGGUGACCCCGCUGGAUAUGAACCGAUUUCAAAGCAAAGCCUUCCAGUCAGUGAUCUCCCGGCCUGAUGGAGGAAAGGUGACACCAGGUAUUGAGUGCAGAGCGCUGCAGAGAGAACCAUCCCUACAGCUUGACACACCGUCCAGGUUUCUAUGCAGAGACCAGCUCUUCAAACCAUCCUUUGAUGUCAAGGAUGCCCUGGCAGCUCUGGAGACACCAGGAGGCCCACAGCAGCAGAGAAGGAAAAUGAGCACCCCACUGUCUGAGGUGAUUGGAAGGAACAUGAAGGUUGCCCUGGCAAACAGCACUCGAAACAACAUGGCUGCUGUUACUGCCAGCCCACAGCUAGCUGCACCUGAACCACAACAGGUGGAAGAGAAGCCAAAGCCCCUUGCAGGUGUCACUAUCUGUGUGAGUAAGAAACUCAUUAAGAAGCAGAGUGAGCUGAACGCCACUGCAGCCUCUCUUGGGGCGGACUACAGGUGGUCUUACGAUGAAACAGUAACACACUUCAUCUAUCAAGGCCGACAGAAUGACACUAGUCGGGAGUACAAGGCCGUCAAAGAAAGAGACGUUCACAUUGUCUCUGAGCACUGGCUUCAAGCAUGUGCAGAGGAGCAGAGGCUUGUGCCUGAAUCCCUGUAUCCCUAUACAUACAAUCCUAAAAUGAGUCUGAACCUCAGCCAAGUGCAGGACAGAAGAUUUUCUACACUUAGAUCACAACCCAGCAUUCCCUACUGUAAAGAUCUGGAACAAGAUUGCGAGCAGGACAAGUCACAUGUUCCAUUGGAUAGAGAUGAAGCGUUGACAGAGGAAACCAGGAACCACCGUGAAGAAAGAAACCCUGAAGAAACAAACCUAGAAAAUCUGGAGAAAGGGGAUCUGACAGAAGCAUUAGAAAUGCGAGAGAAUCUGCAGCGGCAGCUGCAGGAGAUCAUGUCUGCCACCAAGCUGCCAAAAGGCCGACGAGUUUCACUGGCUGUUUUGCAGAAUUCUCCCCAGACCCCUGACAGUGUGGGCCGCUCAGGGAGGAAUGGGCGUAGCCGGGCUCUGGAGGCACUCAGGCAUUCCCGUCAGGCCAUAAUGGACAUUAAUACAGAGCCCUCUCAGAAUGAGCAGAUUACCUGGGACGACCCCACUGCCAGAGAAGAGAGAGCUAGGCUGGCCAAUAACCUGCAGUGGCCCGGCAGUCCAUCCCAGCACUCCGAGACUCUCCAGAUCAAUGCAGAGGAAGAAAUCCCCCAACAUAAAGUCUCGUUGACUGAUUCAGAACUGGCUGAAUUUGCUAUAGGUGAACUUGAUGAAACAAACAAGAGCAAGACUGCAAAAUCUCCAGGCCCAAAAAAGAUUGAAACCCCACCAAAAGAUGACAUUAUCCUCACGCCACAAGCUCCCAGCAUCGCUUUUCCUCUGGCAAACCCACCAGUUGCACCACAGCCCAAGGGACAGGAGGAGAAAAAAGGAGGAAAGAUCCAGCCUGUAUUUCAACUGUCUUCGCUUAACCCUCAAGAAAGAAUCGACUAUUGCCACCUCAUUGAAGAACUUGGUGGGGUGGUUCUUGAGAAACAGUGCUUCGAUCCUAGCUGCACACAUAUCAUUGUGGGACAACCCAUGAGGAACGAGAAGUACCUGGCCUCAAUGGCUGCUGGAAAGUGGAUACUCCACCGGUCCUAUCUGGAGGCAUGCAGAGCUGUUGGGCACUUCAUUGAGGAGGAGGAUUAUGAGUGGGGCAGCAGCUCCAUCCUUGACGUUCUUCCUGGAAUAAAUGCCCAGCAGAGGAAACUUGCGGUUUCUGCUUUGAGAUGGAGAAAGUUCAUGCAGAGGCAAAGGGAGAACAACAAUAGCUCAGAGGGAGCUUUUAGUGGCUGGAAAGUAAUAUUAAAUGUCGAUCAAGCGAAAGAGGCAGGAUUUAGACGACUGCUUCAAUCUGGUGGAGCUAAGGUUUUUUCAAGUCAUUCUCCAUCUAUGUACAAGGAGUCCAGUCAUCUGUUUGUGGAUUUCAGCAAGCUAAAAGCUGAGGAUCCCAGAGUGAAUGUGGCAGAGGCUGCUGCUCACAAAGUGAAUUGCCUUAAACCAGAAUAUAUUGCAGAUUAUCUUAUGCAGGACCCACCUCCUGCAAUUGAAAAUUACUGUCUACCAGAAGCUGCACAGUAUCUGCAGAAUAAGUUGGAGUCAAGUAAAUCUCACAAACGGAAAGCUUCUGGAGAUACAUCAGCAGUGAAGAAGUCCAGGAUAAACUAAAGAAUGUAUUUAUUCAUAUUUGCUUUUGUCUGAGACAAAUUUAGUGUGUUUAGGUUUUUAUCACUUUAAGUCAUUGAAAAAAAUGAUUUAUUUAUGUAGACUGUAUUUGUUGUUGUGAAAAUAAA